AUGGCGCAAAUCACUGGAUCUGCACUCACAAUUUACCAUAGUCAAGUGCUUAAGAAGUCAGCCGAGAAUUCGUGGUUAUUUCUUUACGGGCGUUCAAAGACAAUCGAUUUCCGCAUGCCCAGCACGUUCUUUUGGGAAGGCGUGGACGUCCCAGUGAAGGCAACUGAAGACUCCCCUAAUUGUGGGACUGUCCACCCUAGACAGCAACCUGGGACUCUACCAAUGCUGCAUCUGCCGCAGGUUUUUCAUUCAACUACAGAGGUGCUGAGCAGGUUCUCUGCGCCCCUUCACAGGCUGCUCGUGAUAGUUGGAUUGACGGUGAGUGGCUGCGGGUACCAGGGGCUUCAGUUCUCUUGUCUAAUCAACGGGAUACUUUCAGCGCUCUCCGAGGCCUGGUUCUGCAGGCAUAUGGGUCUCAAAGGUGAACAUAUAGUCUUCGAUGCCCAAAAGUUCGCAAAGGACGCUGCGCAGCAGUCCGAUGAGCCGGCAAUCACGAAAGCAGCGGUUGACAUAUCCGAGAAGGCGCAGAAAGUUACAAGCACUGCAAAGGAAGCAACAGGCCCAAAGCAUGAAGGAACAGCAUAUGAUGAGGAGAUGCAAAGAGGGUCGGAAGAAGAUGAAGGAGAAAGUGAUCCGGACGAAGAGAAUACCAACGAAGAAAAUAGGCUUGAUCCCUAA